ACCACUCUCCGCCUCUCUUCCCCGCCUCUUCUCCACGCGCGCUGCCAUGGCCGCCACCUCAGCUCGAAUCGCAGUUGUCGGCGACGUCCAUGAUCAGUGGAAUCUAGAAGAAGAUACAAAAGCGCUUCGAUUUCUGCAGCCGGAUUUGGUGCUUUUUACAGGUGAUUUUGGUGAAGAGAACAUUGAACUGGUUCGGAGUGUUGCAAAUCUUGAAUUUUCUAAAGCAGUUAUUUUGGGAAACCAUGAUGCAUGGCAUACAAAGAAGUUUUCAGGAAAGACAAAAGACGGCGUUCAACUUCAGCUAGAAUGUCUUGGCGAGGAGCAUGUAGCUUAUCGACGUUUGGACUAUAAUACAGUAAAACUGAGCAUUGUUGGUGGACGACCUUUUUCAAAUGGGGGAAACCAGUUAUUUCGAAUAAAGCUUCUGUCUGCGAGAUAUGGAGUCCAAGACAUGGAUGGAAGUGCUAAGAGAAUCUGCAAGGCAGCUUUGGGUGCUCCAGAGGACCAUAUGGUCAUUAUUCUUGCACACAAUGGACCGACAGGUCUUGGUUCUAACUUGGAUGACAUAUGUGGAAAAGACUGGGAUUUUGGAGGUGGAGAUCAUGGUGAUGCAGAUCUAGCACAGGCCCUAUCCCUCCUAAAAGAGUCCGGCAAAAUCUGUGUUCCAUUGGUAGUGUUUGGUCACAUGCAUAAACAGCUAGCAUAUGGAAAAGGUCUUCGGAAAAUGAUUGUAGUUGGAGCUGACAACACUAUAUACCUGAACGCAGCCAUUGUUCCUAGAGUGAAGAGACUAAAUGAUGAACAAGGAAGUAGCAAAGAAAGCUGUGUGAACAAUGAACCCGGUCUUUCAACUCUGGAGUCCUGUGGCACCAUUCGAGCCUUCACUUUGGUUGAGAUUUUGGACGGACGAGUAGAUAAGAUUGUUGAAACUUGGGUUUCUGUUGUGAGUGAUAGAACCAAAUUGGAAGAGGAGCACAUAUUAUUCAGAAGUGGCAGUUAGAUUCUUCAUGGUUUAGAUUGGUAAAAAUUAGAGCUGCUUAUGACUUAAGUUAAAGUUAUCCCAAACUAGGCUUAGAAUUAGGACUCCUCCCUACAAUAGAUACCUUUGAGGAACAUGUAUGAUGAGUUGGUCAAGAAUGUGUAUCCUUUUGCAAAAGAACAUUUUCCUUUCUUAUUGAUCAAUCAUCAAAAUAAAUUUCUUUAGGUGUUAUUGUUGCUAUUAACGUGAAGAUUAUUAUCCAUAUCCUAGAUUUUCGUACACUUUGCAAUUAUAUUAUGUAAAGCAAGUAAUAAGUAAUAACAUACAAGGGUUAAUGUUUU